GCCAAGCUGGCGAUCACAGAGUGGAUUCUCUUCAAAUCCAUCAAUUAACCACGGGGAAGGCUCAAUUCGGUGAAGGCCUCAACCAAAGGAGGCUCCAUUCUCUGCUAUGUGGCCGAUUCUGCCAUGGUUGUACAGAAAUGGUGGACUAGAGGUCAUGACUUGGGAUAUUCUUCUUUGUCUGCCAUGUCCCCUGAAGAUAUUUCUUAGUGGCUUCAGUGGAUUUAGUUCAAGAAAUGGUGGUUUCCAUCUAAUCCAUUCAGUUUUUCAACCCUUUCAAUGAUGCAUGUUGUCAAGAUAGACGUGAAUGCCACGGUGAGUUUUUUUUUUAAUUUAAUUUACUGUUAAAUGUGAGUAACCUCGAAACUUAACCUUUUAACCUAAGACACUUGUUUAGCCGUGGAUCAGUGGAGCUUUUGGGUUAAUUGUCUUACAAGGGUUUUGUAUUCUUCUUGGAUUGGGAUAAUCCUUGAAGGGGUUGAGUGAGUUGAGAUUCACUUGUGAGGGCUUAAUCUUGCACCCGCAAGCAAGAGUUUGUUCCGGUUUAAUCUUGCACCCGUAAGCAAGAGAUUUCUAGUGGAUUGAACUCUCGAGCAAGGAGGCUUGAGGAGUGGACGUACUCCGGGUUGGAGGAACCACUAUAAAUCAUGGCUUGAUAU